UUUACGCACAGUCAAACCUUCAAUCAAACCAUACAUCUAACCAAUAAAUUUGUAUACAAACUGAGUUACUAACGUUUACUACCACUUACCCAACUGCAGACUUAAUAACAAUCCAAAAAUGGAAUCAAAACCGCAAAAGAUGCCCAAAGUGGCAAAGGUGAAAAACAAAGCGCCAGCCGAGAUUCAAAUCACCGCCGAGCAACUUCUCCGCGAAGCCAAAGAACGCGACUUAGAAAUCCUUCCACCGCCUCCGAAGCAGAAAAUCUCCGAUCCAGCCGAACUCGCCGAUUAUCAACACCGUCGCCGCAAACAAUAUGAAGACAACAUUCGUAAAAACCGCACAUCAAUGCCGAACUGGUUCAAGUAUGCACACUGGGAAGAAUCACAGAAAGAAAUCCAACGCGCCCGUUCGAUUUUCGAGCGAGCGCUGGACGUUGACCACAGAAACAUUACCCUAUGGCUGAAGUAUGCUGAGAUGGAAAUGAGGAGUAAGCAAGUAAAUCAUGCAAGAAAUCUUUGGGAUAGAGCAGUUACAAUUCUACCCAGAGUGAAUCAGUUUUGGUAUAAGUAUACUUACAUGGAGGAAAUGUUAGAAAAUGUCGCUGGUGCUCGCGCGGUGUUUGAGCGCUGGAUGGAUUGGCAUCCUGAUGAACAAGCUUGGCAAACUUACAUAAACUUUGAAUUACGUUAUAAGGAAAUUGAUAGAGCACGCGAAAUUUACGAAAGAUUUGUCAUGACUCAUCCAGAAGUAAAACAUUGGAUAAAAUACGCGCGUUUCGAAGAAAAUCAUGGCUUUAUUCACUCAGCGCGUAAAAUUUAUGAACGUGCGAUACAUUUCUACGGUGAUGAUCACAUGGAUGAAAGACUUUUCAUUGCUUUUGCGAGGUUUGAAGAGAAUCAAAAGGAGCAUGAACGCGCUCGUUGUAUUUACAAAUACGCUUUAGAUAAUAUUUCAAAAGAAAACGCGAAGGAAUUGUAUAAAGCAUAUACGAUUCAUGAGAAAAAAUUCGGUGAUCGUAGCGGUAUUGAAGAUGUCAUUGUUUCGAAGCGUAAAUUUCAAUACGAGCAAGAAAUUGCGCAAAAUGCAACAAAUUAUGACGCUUGGUUUGAUUACAUACGAUUGAUUGAAGGUGAAGGUGAUGUAGAGGUCAUUCGAGAGACAUACGAACGCGCUAUUGCUAAUGUUCCACCUACAAAGAACAAACACUUUUGGCGUCGGUACAUUUACCUCUGGAUUAACUACGCAAUCUAUGAGGAAUUGGAAUCCCAGGAUUUUGAACGCGCUAGACAAGUAUACAAGGCCUGUUUAGAGUUGCUACCGCACAAGGUGUUUACAUUCAGUAAGAUUUGGUUACUAUUUGCCCAGUUUGAAAUUCGUCAGAAGAAUUUACAGGCGGCGCGAAAGAUACUUGGUAUGGGGAUCGGUAUGUGUCCCAGGGAUAAGUUAUUCCGUGGAUAUAUUGACAUCGAAAUUCAGUUGAGGGAGUUUGAUCGAUGUCGUAUUUUGUAUCAGAAGUUUUUGGAGUUUGUUCCGGAAACCUGCGUCACUUGGAUGAAAUUCGCUGAGUUGGAAACAUUGCUAGGUGAUUAUGACCGUGCGCGUGCCAUUUAUGAACUGGCAAUAUCACAGGUACGGCUUGAUAUGCCUGAAUUGCUGUGGAAAUCAUAUAUUGAUUUCGAAAUUGCUCAAGAUGAGACUGAAAACGCUAGGCAACUGUAUGAACGACUUCUUGAGCGCACGUCGCAUGUGAAGGUGUGGAUGUCAUAUGCGAAAUACGAACUUAAUUGUGAGUCUAAUAAGGAAAAUCAAAUGAAUAUUGGUUUGGCUAGAAGAGUGUACGAACGAGCAAAUGAUGCGUUGAAAAAUUCCAUGGAGAAAGAAGCGCGUGUAUUGCUGUUGGAGGAUUGGCGUGAUUUUGAACAAGAAAAUGGCGACGAUGACACAAGAGAAAAAAUGCAGAAUAAAAUGCCGCGCAGGAUUAAAAAACGACAGAAAGUCGUGGAUGAAGAUGGGGUUGAGCAGGGCUGGGAGGAAGUGUUUGAUUAUAUCUUUCCGGAAGACGAAGCUGGUAGACCGAAUCUUAAACUGCUGGCAGCUGCAAAGAACUGGAAGAGGAAUGUUGAUGUGGAUGUUGCUGCGGAGUCACAAACAAACGAAGCACAAAUUUCUAAAGAAGGAUAUGAAGAAGGCGUUGUUCGCAGUGGAGAAGAAGCCGAUGACAAAUAAACACCGUUCUUUAAUUUAAUUCUACUGGGUUAAGUAAGAAUAUUUUAUUUAAUUUAAAGAAAUUCCAAGAUGGACGGAAUUUUCAUGUUAAAAAAAUAUUUUAAAAUACUUUUGAAUAUCUCAAGAUAAUAAUAAACUAUAAUAAUGAUAAUAA